AUGGCUGUGGACUUACAAAGUGAAUUUUGGACACAGAAUUGUCCCCCUCAGCAGCGGUGGCACCUUCUCUCGGAAACCCGCGCAGCGUCACAGCUCUCCACGGCGCGGACGAUGUGGUUCACCGGAGUGGUCGUCGCUUCAGUUUACGGUGUCAUCGGCGUUCUGGGACUAAUCGGCAACAUCACGCUCAUCAAGACGUUCUGCUCCGCCAAAUCCAUCCGCAACGUGCCCAAUCUGUUCAUGUCCAGCCUCGCCCUCGGGGACGUUUUGCUGCUGGUGACCUGCGCCCCGGUGGAUGCCAGCCGCUACCUGUCAGAGGAGUGGCUGUUCGGCAGAGUGGGCUGUAAAGUCAUCCCCUUCAUUCAGCUCACCUCGGUUGGAGUGUCCGUGUUCACGCUCACUGCCCUCUCCGCCGACAGGUACAGGGCCAUCGUGAAGCCCCUGGACAUCAAAACAUCCAGCAGCACCAUCAUCAUUGUCCUACAGGCGGCACUCAUCUGGCUCCUCUCCCUGGUCCUGGCUAUCCCCGAGGCCGUCUUCUCUGACCUCCACACCUUCGUCACCUCCACCAAUGAGAGCUUCGUCACUUGCGCCCCCUAUCCCCAUGCUGGGGAACUGCACCCAAAGAUCCACUCCAUGGCCUCCUUCCUAAUUUUCUACGUCAUUCCCCUGCUGGUCAUAUCCGUGUACUACACCUUCAUCGCCCGGAGCCUGAUGAAGAGCGCCUCAAACCUGCCUGUGGAGGGGAACUUACAUGCCAGACGACAGGUGGAAUCAAGGAAGCGCUUAGCCAAGACAGUGCUGGUGUUUGUUGGUCUCUUUGCAGUGUGCUGGCUGCCCUGUCACGUCAUCUACUUGUACCGCUCCUACCACUACUCCCAGGUGGACACUUCCCUGGUUCACUUUGUGUGCAGCAUCGUGGCUCGUAUCCUGGCCUUUACCAACUCCUGCCUCAACCCCUUUGCCCUUUAUCUCCUGAGCGACACCUUCCAGAAGCAGUUCAACCGGCAGCUGUGCUGCUGCUACCACAUGAUGCUCAGACGCUCUUCGGAAAGCCACACACACUGUAACACACGUGUGACAUCUGUACGCAGCACCCAUCACUCCAUUGGCAGCCUGAGCAUGAUCAAUGGGAGGCGGGUCCAUCAGGAGGAUCGCGUGUAAAUUGUGUUUCUGUGUGUCAGUGACCGCAUUACUGUCAUUACUGUCACAAACAGUUAGAUCAUAACAACCUUGCAUGAAAAUAUAUAACCCUAACUAUAUAUAUAUAGAACUAUUGUACAAAAAGGUGUACUCCAGUGUUGGAAUAUUGCACUUCCGUAAAGUUUAGGGCCUUGACGGAGCCGUUGUCAUUGUUCAAUAGUUAAAUUGCUGCCUCCCUAAAGUUAUUGUGUUGACAGGCACUAAGAUUAAAGUGGAGAAGGUUUAACGUUUUUGUACCACACGGCUUUCAUAGGGAUACCCUGUUAAAGGUUAUAUGCUUUAAACCACUGAGGUUUUAUUGAACAAGGACUAAAAACGUUCUCCUCAACUUACUGCUGAGCAUCCAGGCAUUGCUAUGACCAAAGAGUCAAAAGCCAUGCUAGUAGCUGGGAUUUAGGGUUGACCUUUCCCGUAAUGCAACAUGACAGAAUCUCUGGGCUAUAACCCUGUGCACCUGGGAAGUUACGAUAUCUUUAGAUGCAAUCACCUCCUGUUUGUCACAGGCAAGUUACAAACGUUACAUGCUAUAGCCAAAGCUGAGAUAAAUCCCUAAGAUAUUAGCAGGGGCAUUUUCUUUGACUCAGUAAAGUUCCACCAGAGCCACAGAAGACAUAAAUAACAAUUUUUCACAAGCGGAGUUUAACUUGAGUAAUAUUUAAGCAGCCUCCAUUUAAAGGAUUUUCUAUCCAAGUCAGAGAAUAUCUUUUACCUCCCUCCCAUCAACUUACAGCCAUCUGUGCAAACUGUUAGUGCAAAGUAACGAUUACUAGCAAACGUAACAAUUUGUAAUGAAAGCGAACUGGAGGGUCGCGGCUAUGUUUCUGGUUCAAAGCUGUUGGUCGGUACAGCGUUAGGAGCUGUAGCCGCCGUAUUGAGAGCGGGAAGGAGCAGCACACAGAAGCUAUGAUUAGCUUCUAUAUUCAUGUAAAGAAUACAAAAUGUUACUGCGGUUUAAAAAUAUCAUGCUAUGAUGUUGUCAUGAGAUAGGUCAGUGUGCUCUUAAGUGUGAUAUUGGUUUACAUAAGUAUAUAUUAUUGUGAAGCUUGAUGUGUUAUAUUGUGGCUGCACUGUGAUGCCGUAUGCAUGUAAUAUCUUUGAAAUAAUUGCUGUGAUGAUACCUUUUCAGUGUAACUUUAGAAAUGUAUUUUUAAAUGUUAGCUGUCCUUUGCUUAAGGAAUGUGGAUUUUAGUGACUCGGUUAAGAGCAAAGAAUGUAAAUGCAUAUGUUAGAAAUCUCAGUCUUCACACAAUUUGCAAGCAGUUCUCGAGGAAAUUAAAAUGACAGACUUUGUUUAUUUAUAAAAAUGUUGCACCGCUUUCACAUGGAAUCAAUAAACAUUGUAUUCAAAUGAGUAUAUAUCUCUUUGUCAUUAUAUAUUCUAUAUUGCAUGAGGCGGGUUGCCGUGUGCGUCUUUACACUUUGGUAAUGUUGAGAGUGUUCGUCCUGUUGAUGUUGUGUAUACAACACAUACUUUCUGCACCACUGUAUUCACUGGACAUGAUUGUUCUGCCUUGUAGCAUGCUAGAUUUACAGUCACCAUGUCACACCACAAUGUCCUAAUUUGGUUGUUCACAGAGGGAGAGGAUCAUGCUCAGGUGGUGAUGAGGGUGUACAAUUCAGUCUGGGUAGCGUUUGUUUAAUUGUGGUGGAAGUGCCGUGCCAAAUUUCUGUCCUGCAUGGUCUCAACCAUCUACUCAACGUGUCAUCUUUCUAGUCAGGCUCAUUCUGUGGCAGGUCUAGAACAUAAACAAGGAUUACUUUUCAUACUUUUGAUUUAAGGAAUGAAAUAAACUAAAAUAAGAUCAAUACAAGCCCACAAGUACGUGUGUUUGAGAUCCCACUCAAAAAGUCAGACAGGAAUCCUGCAGAGUUCACUUCACUUCUUUAGAAUC